AUGGACUCAUAUAGUUCAGCUCUUGAGAAGACAGUUAUGCCGACCAACGUUGAUGCCAUUUCUUCUUCUUCCCACUGGCAAAAUCCUCCUUCUGGGUGGGUAAAGGCCAAUUGGGACGCCGGAGUCAAUCAACGCACAGGCCGUGUGGGACUUGGUGUCGUCAUUCGGGAUCACCAUGGGAAAAUGUGGGUGGCGAGGAGUUUAACGCGAUUGGGAUUUAUGGACCAUAGAGCAGCAGAAACUUUAGCUGCUUCCAUGGCAGUUAAGCUGGGUACUGAGAUGGGGUUCAGAAAGAUCCAGCUGGAGGGUGAUGCGAAGGUGGAGGAGGUUGACACAAACAAGGAUGGGAUCGAAUGGGGGGAGUUUUUAUGA